AUGUCAAAGUUUGUGUUACCAAGUAGUUUGAGGGAAUUAAGAUUCCACUUGUCUCAAACAGGAGAUGCUUCCAUCCCUUUGAGAAAGUUUUUAACAAAAAAUUAUCCAGCAUUGAAAUCCCUGUCCAAUUUUCAGUUACCAAUAUUGAUUAGAGAAAGUUACGGCAUCCAUCCAAGUUUAACGGCCAGAUUUGAAAAAGGACGGGAGACUAAAACAAAUUUGGAAGGUUUGGAUGAAGCAGGGAUCGAAAAUGCUUUGAGCAAUGUAUUGAAGACUUAA